UCGCUUUAACCAAUCGUCGUCCUCUGAACAGUCAGAACCGAAACAAACCAACGCGCCUUCCGAUUCAGCGCGACAUUUGAAUUAUCUGACACAGGCGCGUCUUUACAGUUCACAGAUAAAAGUAAAAUGAAAACAUUACUUUUGCUGCUUCUUUCUACUCACGUUUCAGCUCUAGUGAAACACUCGCUGAAAUAUUACAGCUUUGGAUCAUCUGGGCUUCCAAACCUCUCAGAGUUUGUGUUUUCUACAUGGGUGGAUGACAUCCAGGCUGUUUAUUGUGACAGAGACUUAAAGAUAGUAAAACCACAACAGGACUGGAUGAGAAAAGUCUUUGAAAAUGAGACUCGACAGAUGGAUUGGUACAAUAAGCAGUGUACUGAGAAAAAGCCCAACCUCUUCAAAGCCACGAUGUUGAAGCAGCUCUACAACCAAAGUGAAGGUGUUCACAUUUUACAGCUGAUUGAAGGUUGUGAAUGUGAUGAAACAUCUGGAAACGUUACUGCUUCUAUGAAGUUUGGUUACGAUGGAGAAGACUUCAUUGAACUGGAUUAUAAGAUGUUGACCUGGACCGCUCUGAAACCAGAGGCUGACUUCACCAAACAGAGAUGGAAUGAUGACAGAGUUAAAAUAAAACAAAAUGAGAAGUUCCUUACUCAGGUUUGUCCUGAGUGGCUGAAGAUGUAUUUUAGUUUUGGGAGGAGCUCUCUGAUGAGAACAGACGUCCCCUCAGUGUCUCUCCUCCAGAAGACUCCCUCCUCUCCAGUCAGCUGCCACGCUACAGGUUUCUACCCUGACAGAGCCAUGAUGUUCUGGAGGAAAGAUGGAGAGGAGAUUCAUGAAGGAGUGGAACGUGGAGAGAUCCUCCUCAACCAUGAUGGAUCCUUCCAGAUGAAUGUUGACCUGGACAUUUCAUCAGUCUCACCUGAAGACUGGAGGAGGUACGACUGUGUGUUUCAUCUCUCUGGUGUGGAGGACGACAUCAUCACCAAACUGAAUGAAACACAGAUCAGAACCAACUGGGAGCAUCACAGUAGCACCACGAUUGUCGGCAUCAUCUUUGCAGUGGUUGUUGUUGUCGUCUUUGCAGCAGCUGCUGGAUUCAUGGUUCAUAGAAAGAAACAAGAACAAAAGGCUCCACCUGAUAGUGCCCCCGAGGUGUCUGAGGGGGGAGUGAUGCUUGGUCUAAUUGAUCAGCUCUAAAUACAGAAACAAGGAAGAAGUUGUGUCUGUGUAAAUGCUCCAACAAACCCCUGACUCCAGUCCAGCAAUGACGCCCACAAAGAAGACAGAGACAGAGGGAGAGAGGCUGCAGGCAAAGGAGAAGACUCAGACUGGUCCUCAUAGAAGAUCACAUCAGUGACGUCUACAACAGCUCCAACUCAAUGAAAUUAAUUUUUAAUUAAUUUUUACUACAUUCAUGUCCGUUGUACUACUAAGCCGUUGGUUAAGGACUUUUUAAACCUCACUGAAUCUUUUAAUCUGGUACAGUCUGACAGGUUCCACCCAGGAGUUCAGCUUUAUUUGAGUUUUAAUCUUCCCUGUCAGACUUUUAAACCUCCUGUGAAAGCACUGAGAACUGAAAGCAUCCAAACCUGAGACUGAAACAAGACUGAAUGACUCUAAUGAACAAAAGAGCACAGAUGGAAAAAAAAGACGCGUAAAGGAAAAUUUGUAGAAAUACCAGAAACAUUUUAUCAUUAAGAAUUCUCUUUUUAAUACUGUAAAUGCUGCUCUUAACACCACCCACUGUGAUCGUCCCACCAUUGUUUACAAUAUUUCCUAGAGGUGUUUCGUUCUGUUUUUAAGUCUGCAAAGCACCAAAGCUGCUCUUUUAACGGUUUUUAAUGAUCUUUUAUUAGUUUCUGAGUCAGGUGACUCUGUUUUUGACACUAUAGACCACAGCAGCACUGUGAGGGCAUCAAAGAUUCAGCUAUGGAGUGGUUUAGGUCCAACAGGAGCUUCUCUGUUAGCCUUGAUGAUGCAGUUUCUACCUCUGCAUCCCUUCCUUGUAGAGUCCCCCAGGGAUCUGUUCUUGGGCCGAUUUUAUUUUCCUUGUACAUGCUCCUCUUAGGCUACAUCCUCAGGAAGUACGCCAUCUCAUUACAUUUUUAUAAAGAUGACACACAACUCUACCUGACCUUCAAACCAAACGAUUUUAAUUCCCUAAAACCAUCCUGGACUGGACAAUGAUGAUCGGAUGGACUUAAUUUCUUAAAUGUCAACAAAAGUACAACUGAGGUCAUGAUGUUUGGAUCUAGUGGUGCCUGUGAGGCUCCUCUUAUAUCAGUUCCCUCCUCCUAUAUGUCAAACCCUCUGUUACAAACCUAAGUGUGAUUGUAAUCAGUGAUUUUAAACUGGAGAAACUGAUUCUUCCACCUGAGGCUUUUAUCCUAAACUCAAGUCUCUUAGGAGAUGGUUCUUCCUCAGGUCCAGCCUCCUCUCUCUGGAACACUUUACCUUUACGUAUUAGGUGGCCCAGACACUGCCUGUUAUUAAACCCGUUCUUGUAACUGUUUUUAUACAUUCGUAUUAAACUUGAGGGCAGCUAUUUUUUAUUGUGUUUUAAUGUAAUAUUUUUUUUACAUCUUUUUUUGUGUGUUGACUGUUUUUUACAUGGCUUGACUACAACUUACAACACCUGAGUCACAAUUUUUUGGUUUUAAACGUGUUUUAUAAAUAAAUUCACAUUGAUGAUGA